AUGCGGAGUCGCUUGCUUUUGAACAGGCUUUGGGUUCAAUCUGUUGGGCUGGAAGUUGGGGAACCGGAGGACCUGGAGACGCGGAGUGAAGCAUGCAGGGCGCUGGGAGUUGAGCUUCCGACUGAAGCAGAGGCUGAGGACGAUGUCGACGAAGCCAAUUUUGGCCGUCGGAUGGAUCUCGUGCAGGAGGAGGUGGCCCAGUGCGCCGUGAAAGCCGAGGGCGCCGUGGACGUUGAUGCUAUCGUCGACCAAUGCUUGGAAGUGAAGGGAGGAAAGCCCGGCAAGUUGGUGAACAUCCCGGAAGUGCAGGUAAAGGGCCUGUGCACGGCUGUCCGCCAGAUCUUUUUGGAUCAGAACGCCCUGCUGGAGCUCGAGGCACCCUUGAAGAUUUGUGGCGACGUCCAUGGCCAGUACCACGACCUGCUCCGGCUUUUUGAGUACGGCGGUUUCCCUCCGGAAAGCAACUACCUCUUCCUGGGCGACUACGUCGACCGAGGCAAGCAGAGCCUGGAGACCAUCACCUUGCUUUUCGCCUACAAGACGAAAUUCCCCGAGAAUUUUUUCCUCCUUCGCGGCAACCACGAGUGCGCCUCCAUCACGCGCAUCUACGGCUUCUAUGACGAGUGCAAGCGGCGCUACAACAUCAAGCUGUGGAAGCAGUUCUGCGACGUCUUCAAUUGCAUGCCCGUGUGUGCCAUCAUCGACGAGAAGAUCAUUUGCAUGCACGGUGGACUGUCACCCGAGAUCAGCAACACCGACCAGAUCAAGAAGCUCGUCAGGCCGACAGAUGUCCCAGACACGGGAUUGAUUUGUGACCUACUCUGGGCGGACCCUGACAAGGACAUCGCAGGCUGGGCAGAGAACGACCGCGGAGUUUCGUUCAUUUUCGGCCCCGACGUGGUCACCAGCUUCCUGCAGAAACAUGACAUGGACUUGGUCUGCCGCGCACACCAGGUCGUGGAAGAUGGCUACGAGUUCUUUGCGAAGCGGCAGCUAAUCACGCUCUUCAGUGCUCCGCAGGGUGGCCUACAAGCCUAUGGCUUCAGAAGCCAGAAGCUGGAGGGGACACUAGCUUCCCAGCUCGAACUUUCGCAGCUGCGUCCUCAAGCCAGUGAAGGGCAAGAAAUGACCAGCUACUCGGGCUGCGAAGUUGCUGUUCUGGAGUUUCCAUCCGAGUCACUGAUUGCCACUUUGCGGCCCUUCGGAUUCCUUGCGGAGUCGGGUUCUUACAUCCGCGACCAUUCCAAGGUCGCACACUUUGGCCCGUGCAUGGAUGACAUUCGUGCAGACGAGCCUGCCUGGCAAUGCCCGGUGUGCUACAACAAGUUGCAUGAUACGGAGGACGAUCGGGACUCUUCGGAUGGGUUGCCACUCCAGUACGGCCAAGAACAUCCGGAGCGACCCCUCGGGCGCGCGGUCCGGGUUCCGUCGACGGAAGGUAUUAUUGCCUGGUUUUCCAGCCGGAUCUUCUUCAAGGAGGAGCUCUUGCUCGUCGAGCCGGGUCGGCUCUUCUACUGGGGCGUGCUGGAUGGAGUGGACAGACUGCAAAAGAUGCUGUUACCUGUGUUCAGCCAUAUCCACCGUGACGAUCACUGCGAACGGUUCUGUCUACUCCACCAGACAAGAGCGAUUGCAAGAAGAUGUGGCUUUGAUGGCUUUGACGACUGCAGUGGCUACGUAAGGAUGUAUGUCUCGCACUUUCCCUGCAUAUCCUGCAUCGCUGUCAUCUGCCAGUUUGUGCGGCUUUUCCCAGCAGUUCGUUUCGAGCUCGACUACGACAACUUGUGGAAGACACGCUUCCAGUCUGGGCGCCGGAACGCGAAGCCUGAUGCCUGGAAGAUCUUCGAUGUUUUGGAAGGCACUGUGGAUGCUGGCCAAAGUGCCUUGUCUGCCUCCUAG